UCAAGGUUAUUUCCAGCUUCAGCAGACAACAAAAACAUAGACACAACAGAUCUGUUUUUAUUAUUCUGAAGCCUUUAUAAUUUAGUCUAUUAUAUUUUCUCCUAUAACUCUAUUCACGAAUUAUUCUGAAUCUGAUUUUGUUAACUAAUUGCUGCCAAAAAAUUGAAAGUUGAGUUGAAAGUUAAUAACAUCUAUAUCCAAUGCAGGAAAAAGAUAAUCAUCUUUCAAUGUAGUUUGGGAGUUGGAACAUUUGAUACAGUUUCAUGACGCCAUCGAUCCCACAAGUGUGGGUAAGGCCGGUUGCAGACGAACCACUAUCGCAUGUCGGAUGUGGGACCGACAUACCACUGAACAAUACGACUAAGCUCUGAAGAAUGUUCAGCAAUCGAUACUCAGGUCGCCGAAGAUUGGCCUACCCCAAAGGCAACGAAAGCAAUUAUGUUGCCGCCUUUUUCCACAUGACGAGCAUUAUGCUGCUGAUUUUGUCGUGUGUCUGCUUCGGCUGGUUCCGGGUGUACAACAGUGCUCGUUGCGCCUCGCAUCUUUCACUCCACCAGUUCUUCACCACCGGCUACUUCGAAGCGAACUCGCCGGACUCUAGCAAAAAAGUUCCAAGUGGUGAAGUACUAGUCACGCCUAUGAACUAUCACACAGCUAGUGCUGUGCUCCGUUGUAUAACACCAGAAGUGGUGAAUCUGAUGAGGACAGUUAUAAUGAUAUGCAUCAUAGCUAUUAUCUUUUCGGUCGUUGGAUUCUGCUUAGAUGUGAUUGGACCAAAGAGCAAAUUACUGUGCUUCAUUAGGAGAAAUGGAAUUCCAUGUGUUGCUUCAGUUUUAUUAAUAGUACUAGCAAUCAGUUUGUGCUACUGGACUACUAAAGCUAUAAAAUCGGCUAUCUUCGCAGCGAACUCUCAGGCUAUCAUACAAGUCACUUAUGCACCUGGCUGCUACCUCAUCGCUAUAGCCGGUUCUUUUUCGAUACUGGCAUGCGCGUGCAACAUUCUGCAGCAGCCGGCAGCGGCGAGCAGCCCCCAACAUGGGAGCGCGGGCGAGGGUGAGGUGAUUCUCGAAGACGACGACAUAAUGACGGUGAUGGUGCCUGCGGGUGUACAUCAGCUGAUGGUCGACCAGGACUACUGGGAGGGGCCCGAGACGUUCUCGGUCAGAAUGGAAAACAUGCGUACGCCGCCGCCACCAUACACACCCUAACCUAACCUAAACGCAAGGUGAUCGGGGACUACCAUGGGCAAUCAAACGAAUCAGAUUUGAAGAAUUGACUUAUUCAAUUUGAAAUUUCCACCAUUGACAACUGUCGCGUCCAGGACACAACUUCUUAUGAGCCAACUCUUCAAUACCUUCUAAUUUCCCAGUCUUUUAAAGUUUAAAUUUAUAACUAGAUAAAUGAGAAAACCUUGAAAUGUAAAUAACUAUGUGAUUAUCUAAGUUAUGUGAUGAAUAGUUUCCUUAUUAUAUAAUUAUGAUGAAACGUGUGUAUCACCUUUUAGCAAAAGGGUAGCCUAUAUAUUUUUUAAAAAUCUUAAAUAUUUGGUAUACAAAGUUCUUGUUAUUUGGUCAUUCAAUUCUUCACCACAGUUUCGAUUUGGUACAAAAUCAUAAAAUUUUGGUAACUUGCUCAUCAUUUUCAGUAUUCCAUAUUUUAAAAAAUGUACUCUCCAUGGGCAUUUGAAAUAGUUAUUAUUUUAUUGAUUAUUAAUAUGCUUUUAUUUGUUAUGAUUUAUUUCAAGUAGGUCUGAAAAUAUGUUUAAGAUUUUAAUAAUCAAUCGAACAGCAACGUUUUUGUGCCAUUGCAAUAAUAGAUUGGAUCCUGUAUUAUUGAUGAUAAUAUUGAUGUUUUCAUUCCUUAAUUUUGACAUUCAAUUGUAAAAUCAUAUGAGAAUAGGCACAAGUAGUAUUAUUUUCCCUAAGUAUAUAUACAGUUGAAUGUACAGUACUGGUGUUUUAUGUUCUAGUCUUUAAUUUCUUCAUUUGUUAAGGUUAGAGAAUAGGCAACUGUAAUAAUAUAUUACUAUUUUCAAUAUUUUUGGUUAUAUAAGUAUGGUAGUCAAUAUUACUAAAUAUUCAACUCAAUCCUAGGAAGUCACUCAAUUCUAUAAACCACAAAAUAAUUUAUCAAUUUGUCAAUAAGGCUAUUUUAGAAAAAAAUCUAAAUGAUAACUGUCCCAACUGUUGAGAAACAUAAUGAGUGCGCAAAAAACUGUACAUUAUUCACAACUCUAGGCUAUAUGAACCAACCUUGGGAAUAAUUCUAAAUAAUGAAUAAAUUAUUGUUAUCAAUGAUUUUUCUGGUAAUUUUAGGAUUGAUGUUACAAUACAGACCAACAUUUAUUAAAGAACCUUAUUUUUAUUCAUAGAGCUGUAACCAUUUUUUGUAGGACAGUUUAACAUAAAAUCUAAUUUUCCAACUAUAAACGAUUUUUUAUAAUAGUUCGCUUUAUAUUCUUUAAACUUAGAAAUGUAACUUUUGCUUCGUAUCUGUUCACUUGCCUAAUGCAUUUCUGAAGGUGCUAUACUUAUUUGUUUAAUAUUAGCUAAACUGUAAUCUAUUGAAAUAUAUUGUAUUAGUUUUGGGGUCCUCUAGUAAUAUUAUGAUUGGAGAAUAUGUCAACUAUGAUUAGAAAACUGCAUUUUACCAAGAUAGGAGCUUUCAUAAUGAAUACCAAUUUUGACGACGUAAAACAAAUAUUUAUCACUAUAAUACUAAGGACCUAUUAUUAUUAUAAAUGUAUUAAGUUUUGUGAUAUUUUUAUUACUAAGAUUACUUUACCUAUAUUGUUAUUUAGUUCGAUUUUCUAUUGAUGUUGAGAGGUAGAAAUAGAUACAGCUUUCAGCUGUAUUGAGCCUGAAAUUGAUUGUUGGAUCUCAUCAAUAUAUCCAGAUUCAUUUUGUAAAAUGUGUAUAAGAAUAUAGAGGUUUAAAAUAAAA